UUCUCGUACUACAGCAGACUGUAAGUUAGUCAGCGCAGGAGAGAGCGACCGUUUGAAUCUGUCACGGACUAAGACGCGUUUUUAUUUGGUUCGUUUUCUUGGGAUUUUUUUGAAAAGUAAACGGCCUACAUGUAUCGAAACUACGGGAACUUUGGGCGAGGAACGGAUCAGAACUUCCCCGAUAGCAGUUCUGGGUCUGGGUCUGGGUCGAGCUCUGCCAGCGGUACUCAAGCCACCGGCACCGGUACGACUCGGCAUCAAGAGCCAAAGUACUCAGUGGCAGGAUCUAGUCAGUUUGUCCCAACUCUAAAUGCCAUAACUUCAAACCAAGACCUACAGUGGCUUGUGCAGCCCUCUGUAUUUCCAGUGCCAGGACCAUCCAAGCAACCUCCUCGUCACCCGUACCCCCUGCCUCCAAGACUCGCAUCUGUGAACCCUCACCCCACCCAGUCACACCUUGUUCGACCAGGAGUCAUCAGGGCAAUAACAGCACCAGGAAGCUCCACAAGACGCAGAACUGAUGAACAUUUAUCACCAGAAGAAAAUGAAAGGCGGAGAAUUAGAAGGGAACGAAACAAACUGGCUGCUGCCAAGUGUAGGACUCGUCGCCGCGAGCUGACCGACUCACUUCAGAAUGAGACUGACCAGUUGGAAGACAAAAAGUCCAGCCUGCAGAAAGAGAUUGCUGAGCUACAGAAGGAAAAAGAGAAGCUUGAACUGGUUCUUGAGGCCCACAGACCCAUCUGCAAAGUCCAGGAGUCUGAUUCAGACUCUGACUCUAAUUCUGUUCUUCCUACCCUGGGUGGAAUUAAAAUUGAGCCAGUAGAUUCUGAACUUCCUGGACCCUCUAGAAAAUGCCAGGUUCCCACCAAACAGGAGAAACCAAAGCCAAAAAUCACCAUUCCACCUCCACCUUCAACCUCUUCUAGCAGUAUGAAUCCAGAGUCAGAUUCCCUCCACACUCCGAUCCUCAUUUCCACACCUUCUCUGACUCCGUUCACUUCUAGCCUGAUCUUCACCUAUCCUACUACCUCUCUUGACACCAGUACUCCUACUUCAUCACAAGCACUGAGCCUUUCUGCCUCCUCCACCACUCAGCAUGGUACGUCCCAGCCCUCCCGAAACCCAGAGCCGUGUGGUAUUGCCCAUCGGCGUAGCAGCAGCAGCGGGGACCAGUCAGAUCAAUCCCUUAACUCGCCUACCAUCAUGACCAUUUAAUCUGUUUUACCUCAUGGAAAACAAGUGCUCUGAAUGUUCACAGGUGUGUUUAACACUAGGUCAGAGAAGCACAAGUGUAUUUGUGAAUACACUGAAGAUUGUACUGAUUGUACCUAAUUUUUACCUUUAGCACUGUGCCGCCUUAUACACUCUGAGAAAAAUAAGGUUCGUUAAAACCUUGGACAGUUAAGGGUUCCUGGCUUCCUAAAGUGGUUCCACUCAGAACCCACUCUGAUGGAGAAACACACUGUUGUUGAGUUCUACAUAAAACAUUUAAAGGGUUCCCCCAGUGAGACAAAUCCAACAAACCCUCAAGUAGGAUCCAGAUUUAAGCAGUGUAGCUUUAGUGCUCACACUGGGUAUUAAAUAAGAACAAAUCAGAAAUACUGCAAAGCACAAUAUAGUAUUUAGAAUAUUCUGUUAAGAGUAAACUUUUAAACAUUUCUUAUCAAAACCAUAACUAUGAGCUAUGAACUAUAAUACAAACUACCUUAUAUACUGAAAAGUAUUUACGUAUACUUUAUACUUUAUACAAAACUAUUCUUAUUAGAAAUAUUCAUUAACUGACUAUGUACUGAUGAAUGGGCAUGUAGGCCUAUCACUGUUUGGAUCGACACUACUUUACUAUUGUUGACAGUUUUGAUAACUUUGUUCUAUGCAAUCUAAAGCUAUAAGUCUAAUUUUUUAUGUUUUUACAUGGUACAGUGUAUUAAGCUACUUAGUUACAUCAUGUCCAGUUUAAAAUAUUUGGGUAUUUUGAUUUAUGUCAAGAUCACAAACAUUACAAGCCUGAAACAUUUCAGUAAUCAUUCAGUUACACACUGAUUCAUUUGAAUUGUUCUAUUGAUGAUGAACAGUCUUGGACAAAUAUGCACUUAAUACAACUUUUGUUUAGAUGCUAGCUGUGUGUGUGUGUGUGUGUUUUGUUUUUUAUUUUUUUCCUAAAGUAGCAAAGUUAUAUAUAAAAAAGAUAAAGCAUUUAAUAUAUUGAAAUCUACAGUGAAUGCGUUAUUACAGCUUAUUUGAUCCACUGCUAGGGCUGGUCCACAAUUUAGCAGAUAUGUAUUUAUUGUUGAGAGUAAACUAUAUUUGUACUUUUUCCUCACAGAGAAUUGUAAGCCUUAGCAGUGAAGAAAAGUUUUCAUACUGUACAACAUGUAAGAGUAUAAUAAAAAAUAACUCAAAAUUA